AUGGCGUUGGGAAGUUUGCUGAAGAAUCUCACGUCUGCAGCGACAACGGUGCCUUCGAGGCUCAUGUUUGCAAUGGCCGCGACCUACUACAGAAUUGGACAGACGCUCUACGGGCUGGUACAGUGCACCAGGGACACCAGCCUCGCAGAUUGCAAGGACUGCCUGUACGGCAGACACAACAAGCCCAUCUCCUCCGCCCAGUUCGGCACCUCCAAAUUCAAGCUCUUCACCGAUUGGUACAGACAUCACCAUGUCAGCUGCACAAUUUGUGGCUUUUACCGGUGGAAAAGAGAUUGCUUUCGGAGAAAGGAGUUGAAGGCCCGCCAACUGCCGGGGAACGAAGAAGAGGACGCCUUGCAACGAACAGCUUUUGCGAGAGCAGAUCCGAUGGAUGGACCAACAUUUGACCUGGAUACUAUCAGAUCUGCCACCAACGAUUUUGCACCGGAAAAUAAGCUCAGGGAAGGAGGAUUUGGUGCAGUGUACAGGGGCGAACUGUCGGAUGGUCAAGAAAUAGCUGUGAAGAGACUAUCCCGCAAUACAGGAAACGGUCCAAAGCAAUUUGACAAUGAGAUGCAGACACUUGCUAACAGGGGCGGAUGCAAGAUUUUUCUCAGGGACGGGCCAAACCAUCUGCUGGUCGGGCCAAGAGGAGCGACGCCCCCCCUCCCUCCGGCCCUGCUCGUAGGGGAGAAUAACAACCUUGGGGACCUCGACACUGAGGCACUGACGUUGUUGGCGUUAGCGUUGGAGUGGUUGUUCAUGAGAUCAAGACCAUCGGGCAUGGAGAUGGAGAGGUGUGUGCUCGAGUCUGAGAUGGUGUUGGCAAUGGAGGCGGUGGCGGAGGUGGCGGUGGCGGCGGUGGAUUUGGACAGGCCGGGCGGUGUCUGCCUUUCCACAGGCUUUCUUGAACGGUUCUUAUCUCCGUGCAUGUGCUUCUCACAGUACUUGUGA